GGCCCCAGUACAGUGCGCGGCGGGCGCGAACCAUGAGGGCGAGGCUGCAACCGACGCUGCUGGUGCUGGCGCUGACGCUGCUGGCCCCGCGCUCGGCCAGCGGCCAGCGCUGCCAGCGCGAGCCGCCCGACCGUAACACGGCCAAGUCGGCCGGCGGCGGCGGCUUCCGCGUCAAGAUCAGCGGCAACCCCGACACCUACACGCCCGGCAACAUCUACACCGUGAAGCUGAUGGGCUGGCGCACACAGUACCUGUCGGAGAAGUUCACCGCCUUCAGCCUGGUGGCGCAGAACGAGCGCACGGGCGGCUCGGCGACGCGCGAGGCCGGCUCGUUCCGGUUAUUCGGCUACGGUCUGGCCAAGUUCGAUCCGCGCUGCCCCAGCAUGGUGACCCACACGUCCACCGUGCCCAAGACGGAGGCCGAGGUGCUCUGGAUGGCGCCGCCGCCCGGCGCCGGCUGCGUCGCCUUCAGGGCGGUGGUCGUGCGCUCCCGCUACGUCUGGUACAUGGACGACGAGGGCCUGACGCGCACGCUGUGUGAAGAGCGGCCCAGGACCGAGCAGCAGCCGCGGCCCCGCCCGCCGCGGGACCCUGCCCACACCUGCUGCGCCUGCGAUGAGGCCAAGUACCAGAUGAAGUUCAAGGGCCUCUGGUCGAGGGAGACCCACCCCAAGGACUUCCCGCGGAACGAGUGGCUCACCCACUUCAGCGACAUCCUGGUAGCAUCACACGUGCCGAGCGUGGCCAUGUGGAAGGAGGGGGAGGUCGCCUCGGACGGCCUCAAGCAGGUGGCCGAGUGGGGCUUCACGAGGAAGCUGGAGCAGGAGCUGAAGUCUAAGGGCAAGGCCCUGAGGUCGUUGGUGCGAGCCAAGGGGCUCUGGCAUCCCAACGUCCAGGGAAAUACAUCAACCGACUUCCGGGUGGACAAGCGACGACACCUGGUCUCCGCAGUCACGAUGAUAGGUCCAUCCCCGGACUGGAUUUUGGGAAUUUCCGGACUCGACCUGUGCCUCAAGAACUGCUCUUGGAUGGAGGAGAAGAUCAUUGACCUGGGACUGUACGACGCAGGAACCGACGGCGGCAUUACGUACUGAGGUGCGCCGAACGCGCCGCUCUCGCCGCGCCAGCCUGUGCGCGCCAUCACGGCCCGCUGGCCGGACGACGUGCGUGCGCCGUUCCACGGCGAGGCGGCGGCGCCGGUGGCGCGGCUGACGCUGACACGCACGCGGGUCGUGCCGCGGUCCUGCGACCACGAGCCGAGCGGCCAUGCGGCUGCCGGCGGGGCCGACGACCACCCGCAGGACGACAGGCCCGAGUGCAUGACGUCACCGUGGACCGACUGGUCGCAGUGCUCCGUGACCUGCGGAGAGGGUCUGAGCAUGCGCACACGCCAGUACAAGCUGCCGGCAAAGGCGCGUAUGAUGAACUGCAAACGACAGCUGGUCGAAAAGGUGCUGUGUGACGCUCCUGUGACGUGCGACGGCCGGCCGAAGCCCACGCGAGAGCGGUCUCCACUGGGCGACGAAGGCGGCCUGUGCGCCAUGACCACAUGGAGCCGGUGGUCGCCUUGCUCGGCCACCUGUGGCCAGGGCGUCAGGAUGCGUCGGCGGACGUACUUGGACCGCAUGGGACGGAAGAAGUGCUUCCACGACACCCAGGAGAAGGAGAAGUGCAUGGCCGCCCAGACCGAGUGCGCCGCAGAGGAGGAGGAGGUGGACAGUCAGUGUCCGGUGACCGAAUGGAGCGAGUGGUCGCCCUGCUCGGUCACCUGCGGCCGGGGACAGCGUGUCAAGGCCCGUCUCCUGAUCGUGCCAGAGCCGAUGCAGGCCAAGUGCCAGCACGUGCCGCUCAUGCAGAAGGGCUCCUGCGUGGCGGAGAGGGCCGAUUGCACCAUGAAUAUCAUGGAAGCCAAAGUGGUGUGUAUGACCGAGCCGAAGAAGGGACCUUGCCGGGGUAACUUCGCGCGCUGGUACUACGAGCCAAGGAAGGGCAUGUGUGUGCGGUUCGCCUACGGCGGCUGCCGCGGCAACAGGAACAACUUCGAGGACUUCGAGUCGUGCCAGAGCUCCUGCUCAGUGAUCCAGGGCGGCGGGCCGGCUGGGCCGGAACCCCCCACGCGGGCGGCAGCGGCUGAGAGAAUCGACUGCAUGGUCACGCCGUGGUCGCCCUGGAGCGAAUGCAGCGCCACCUGCGGCCGCGGACGUCAGCAGAAGAGCAGGAUGAUCAAGGUGCGGCCACAGAAUGGGGGUCUGCCGUGUCCCCGGCGCCUGGAGCGCUACCGACGGUGUCGCCACCUUUUGCCUUGCAACUGAACCAAGUGUCUACGGCCGUCGUGGAUCGUCCCAGGUCAUCGCUUUGUCGUCCUGACCUGCCCAAUGAUAGCCACUGAAGACCACCAGCGCCUUUCAAUGCAAGGAGUGUUAACCCUUCGAUGGCUUGCGGGCUAGACAAACAAGCGUGCGAUUUUGAAGCGCGGCGUCGCUAAAAUGUGCGUCUUGUGCGGUGUGCUGGAUCCGUCUGCAUCUGUUGCAGGCUUGCACACUCGCAGAUCGGACCGGUGGUCAGUUUGUAUUUAAUUAGUUAAGCGCUCACGUUCGACUGGCAGCGAGGCUACCAGUCACGGGGAAGACCUUGCUAAGCUGGAAAGCAGGGACUCUAUCGCUGCUUCUAUACAUGCAUUGUAUGUUCGUAUCACUUGUUUAUGAAAGCACUAACGAAGCUAUUUAGCUUAGCGCGUGAAAUCGCGGGUGAAAUCGCUCAUAGCUUGUGUAAUGCGUGCACACUGUUUUCUAUGCUGCUAACGCAUCAGGUAUUCCCCGCCAGAGCUAUUUUGUGGUGCAAAUGGAGGAUGUUGUCGGCACGUCGACCAACGGCAGAUGUACCAUACCAGGAAGCGACUGAGGCAAAUAGAACAGCUGAUCUAACGGAAUUAGCGAAAGGA